AUGAAUUUAAAUUUAAAUUUUGAAGAUUAUGAAUCAGCUCUCAAUGCGAUUGAGACAAAGAGUCUAAAAAUGGGUGUUUCUGAUCCAUUAGACCCUUAAAUGAGCCAAGUAUUUAGAGUAAAAAUUAAUGCAGAUUUUCUAUUUAUAUGGUUUAAUUGAAUUUAAAAAGAUCGAGAAUACAUUACCAUUUUAAGAUGUAACAUAAGAAUUCAAAAAAAUUGAUGAAUUUUUAACAGUAGCUGCAGAGAUAUGUGAAGACGAUGAUUUGUUAAUAAAAAUAUAUUCAUUAAUUGGAGAUUUGUAUUUUUUGUAAAACAUUUUAAAUAUAAUUAGAGUUGAUUUAAAUGAUAUUGCAGAACUUAGUUAUUUGGAAGCUAUCAAAAUAAGUAGAGAUCCUAAUUAACAAAUAUAAUUAUAUAUAGAAAUAUUGUAAUUAAGAAUAGUGUUCACAAAAUCAGAAGGAACAACUGAAUUAUUUUAGAAAGCUAAAUAAUUAGCAUUUGAUAAUAAUUCUCAUUUGUUAGAUGUUAUUUUCAAAUUGGAGGAAGAAUAUGUUGUUUCAAUACAAGAUAGUUAAUACAAUCAUAGAUAAGAUAAUACUUAAGGAGAGAGUAAAUUAAGAACUAGUCAAAAAUAUAAGUAAAUGAGGAAUUUGGGUGUGUUUGGUAGUUAUAAGAGAAGUAAUGCUAAAGAAGAAUUAAUGAAUUGAA